AUGGCUAAGCAGAAGGCAAUUGUACAGAUAUAUGGAGAUUGGAAGGAGUCUUACAACUUGAUUCUAAGUUGGAUCAUCGAGGUUCAGUUGCGUACUUCCCCUGUUAGGGUUGGUAAUACGGUCCAUGGAGCAAGGGUGUUUCUUCAUCGAUUGUUUUGGACGUUUCCUCCGUGUGUUGAGGCCUUCAAGUAUUGCAAGUCAUUGAUAUCUAUCGAUGAUACUCAUUUAUAUGGCAAGUAUGGAGGUACUUUACUAAUGGCGAUUGCACAAGAUGAAAACUCAAACAUUCUCCCAGUUACAUUUGGGUUAGUCGAGGGCGAGAACACGGAUUCGUGGAAGUUUUUCCUGAGUCACCUUCGUCAGCACGUGACUCCUCAAUCCAGAAUUCUAGUUAUCUUUGACUGCCACAACGCAAUCAAGACUUCCUUGGUUGCCGAAGACGGUAGGUGGCUCCCAUCGACCGCACAUCGUGCAUUUUGUGCAAGACACAUAGCUACUAAUUUCGUGCUAAACUUCAAGUCUAAGGAUGCACGAAAGAUUCUUUUCAACAGGAUCGGAUUAGAGUUGCGGACCCAAUAUUGGGAUGGAGGCCGCCAAUAUGGUCAUUUGACAACAAACAUUUCUGAGUGUAUUGAUGUCGUCCUAAAGGGUACACGUAACCUAUUAGUGGGUUCACUUGUUAAAUCAACAUAUAGGCGUUUAGAAGAGCUCUUUGUCAAAAAAGAAAAGGAAUCAGAGUUGCAGCUCGGGCCUAAGCAAGAAUUUUAUCUGACACUUGUGAAGGCGAUUAAGAAGAAUCUACAGACCUCCAGAAACAUGCGCGAUGAUCUAUAUGAUAGAGAAAACUCAGAGUUUGUUGUGGAUGAGAUUGCACCGACAUGGGGAAGAAUUGCUUUGAGAACAUGUAGGAUUUCGCUAUCGUCAUGCACAUGUGUCAUGUGCUUGCAGCAUGUUCAUAUUGAAGACUAG